AGGUACAUCGACCCGCUGCUCGGCACCGGCGGGGAUCGUGCGCGGGCGCGGCUGCUGAGGGAGCUCACCGCCAGGCUGGCGCCGGCCUCCGUGGAGGACUCGUUCACGUACUCGGACAAAGAGAAGGUCACAGUCGUGACUGCGCACGAAGUGCUGAACAGCUUGGUGCAGAAAUCCUCGUCGGUGGCCGGGCUGUCGGAUGUCCCCGAGUGGGCCACCGAUGGCUUCGCGACGAUUUGUACGAGAUUGCGCGAGUUGGACCUGCCUGUGCCCGACGCGCCAGAAGAUGUGGUCGGCCUCUACAGGUUCGUGCGCAGGGUGCAUGCGCAGGCAGCGGCCGUGAGGAGCAGAACCUGACCCUGACCAAGGAGAGCAUUCGAGGAGGUGCUCCACUGAGGCGCGCGGACUUCUGCACUGGGGAGGCGCCGGUGCGAAGUCUUGGCCUCCGCGUGCUCUGCCCAUCUGAGGAAGGAGCAGAACGCCCCCCAACUCCGCGUCGCUGGUGGUGGCCGCUGCGGUCCCAACGGCGGCACUCGAUGCGCCCGACGCGCGCUCGCCUUCGGCACAUAUCUGUUCGCCGUGCCCCCGCUCGCCCCGUCGCGUGCGGCCUGUGGGGAAAUAGCCGCCGCAGGAGGAGGAGGAGGACGAGAACGAGGACG